AUCAAUCGCAGAUAAUCCUCAGCCUCUCUGGAUUUCAUUUCUCGACUUCCUCUCAUCAUCGCUUCCUUUCGAAUCAAACUAAAACACUUUCCACUUCACUCUUUAAUCGGACUUACCGAGCAAUUUCCUCCAUGGAUCUAUGGACCCUUCAGGUGAAGGACACUGCGAUCCGAAACCCUAUCUUGUCAUCGAUCCCUGAGAAAUCGCUUUCUAGGAAACUCGGUGCCGUGGAGAUUAGGUUUCUCAAGCGUAAAAGUUCUGUAUCUGGGUAUCGUUCUUUGGUUGUUCGAGCUACUUCGAAGAAGAGUAACGACGAUUCUUCUGCUUCUGGUGGAGAUGCUUCUCAAGAAAACAAGCCUUCUAGUGGCAACAAGUCAGGUGAUUCCGCGACUCCAAAGUCGUUUGGUCUAAAUAUGGACUGGAGAGAGUUCAGAGCAAACUUGUUUAUGAAGGAGCAGGAAGAAAAGGCAGAAGCUGAAGGUCACAAACCAGCCACAACACAUCAUGAAUCUGAACCAAGAGGCAUGAAAUGGGCACACCCGAUUCCCUUUCCUGAGACUGGCUGCGUUCUAGUCGCCACGGAGAAGCUAGACGGUUAUAGAACAUUUGCUAGAACCGUAGUGCUUCUUCUUAGAGCAGGAACCAAACACCCACAAGAAGGGCCAUUUGGAGUUGUCAUCAACCGUCCACUUCACAAAAACAUCAAGCACAUGAAACCAACUAAAACCGAGCUCGCUACCACGUUUUCAGAAUGUCCCUUGUACUAUGGUGGGCCUCUUGAAGCAAGCAUGUUCCUGCUGAAGACUGGCGAUAAAACCAAGAUACCCGGUUUUGAAGAAGUCAUGCCUGGCCUUAACUUUGGUGCUCGAAACACAUUGGAUGAAGCUGCAGUACUUGUAAAGAAGGGAAUUAUUAAGCCACAUGACUUCAGAUUCUUUGUUGGUUACGCUGGUUGGCAGCUAGAUCAGCUCAGAGAAGAGAUCGAAUCUGAUUACUGGCAUGUUGCUGCGUGCAGCUCGGAUUUGAUAUGUGGAGAUUCAUCAGAAAACUUAUGGGAGGAGAUUUUGCAGUUAAUGGGCGGCCAAUACUCGGAGCUUAGCCGGAAACCCAAGCUGGAUAUGUAGUUAUCUAAGGCUUUUAUAACUUAUAUAUAUUUUCUCUAUUAAGCCAAAUGUAUAGCUUACUUCGAUGGCUUGUAUUUGAGAAUAAUGCACUUCUAUAGUUUUAUGCUGUUUUUAAUAAGAUUUGCUAUCUGGAAA